GGUCUGCAUGCGGCCCCCUAUCUUCGUCGCCCGGCGGGCGGGGCGGGGGCCGCGGGAGCCGGAGCGCUCGGCCGGCUGGCGCGCGCUGGAGGCGCUGGAGGGCUGCCGGCUCGCGCUCGGGGCGGCCCCGGUGGUGCACCUGCACGUGCCCAAACCGCUGGCAUCAGCGUCUGCGACUGGGCCCGGGCCAGCGGCCUCGGCGCCCGGCGCUUCCACGAGGGGGCCUGCCACGCGCGGGGCGACGGCCCGUUCUGGCUCGGGGAGCCGGCGCUGCCCAAACCUGUCGGGCGCGGCUCCGGCAGCUGGCCCGGGCGAACGCCUCGUGGAUGUCGGUGGAGCGGUGGGCGGACCUGCCCCUCUGCGAGGAGCUGCAGUACGCGACCGUGCUCCGGGAGCCGGUGGAGCGCACGCGGCGGCACUUCCGCCACCUGGUGGGGUACUUCUGGUCCGUGGACGAGCAGGUGCGGCAGCCACGUGCAGCUGGACGGCCUCUUCCAUGACCUCUUCCGCAAGCUCCACCACCUCUCCUCGGCGCCGGGCGCGCCCUCCGCCGAGGCCGAGGCCUCCGCGCGCGGCGGCGGGCCCGUCGGCGCCGCCGCCGGCCUGCCCCACUGGCUGGGCCUGUGGGCCGGGCUCGCCAGCAACUGCCAG